UCCCGAGGCAGUGAAAGGAUGCGCUGGCUCCGGCUAACCGGCGAUGGAAGAUGUUGGCUUCGAGUUCCUGGUGGAUGUUGUCGACAGGUUUCCAUUCCGUCAAGACUUUGCGGACAGCUUGAACCACCCAGAUCCGGUUCCUCUGGCGGUCCUCCCGCGGAUUGCUGCGAGCGCUGAGCCGGCUGAGUGGAAUGCCGUCUACUGGUGCGGCCAGCGUAUUGGCGGCGCUAGACAGGGCAGGCCGCAGGACGACGGGCGACAGCGGCGGGAGGCUUCUCCGACAAGGUCGGCGGAGUCAACGGACAGGGUGAAUCUGGAGGGUCUGGAUGGACAAAAAGGUUACGUCUUGGGAGUGCGCCGCCGGACAGAACACGUGUCCAUCUAGGACGAGUGCCCGAGAGCAGUCAAUCCGCAAGUAUGCAGAGGAACCGACAAAAAGUGUAGCUUGUCCUGAACUAUGACUUACUUUCGACUCACUUGGCGAGGCGUACUACUUCUACAAUAUGUAUUCGUGGGAGAUCGGGUUAGGGAUAAGGUAUGGCAAGCGCCCUAUAACGGUGUCAAUCCUCCAAGGCUCCAACCCCCAGGUUUGGUUUUCAUCUGCCUUAUUUUCUUUUGUUCCUUCUGGCGAUGCAUUGAUUUAGUGCAUGGAUGCACAACAGGAAGAUUGGAUGCUAGAUUUGCUAAGUUCUGUGAACAUGUUAGAUGGAACUAAAUUAAGCAUGCUAUUUGCUGAUUUUUUUUUCUGAUAUGCACACACUAACAGUGGCAUACAUGGUCGCUUAGUGAAAUUCUUUCUUAAUGUAAUUGUAUCUGGCACAGCCAAAUAGGGAAAUCAGUGUUUGUUUUUUCUGAUGGAACAGAGAAACCACAUGUUGCAUGGAUGGGGAAAAAAAAUCUAAGUAUUGUCCAGCUCUUUCGUUGCAAACUUUCAUGCUCCCAAACAGGGUGACAGAAUGUCGUGGCUACUGAAUAUGUUGGUCCUGCUGUAUUUAGCUACCUGUUGUACUACUAUAACUUCCAUAUUUGACUAUUAGAUUCCAUAUUAGGAUCAAGUUCGCGUUCGAGGAACAAUGUAUGAACAUGCUCCAAUGAAAAUGUGGUAAUUGGGUGCCAGUUGAUUAUUAUUAAUGUGUGAAAUCAUGCCGA